UGGCAGGGCCCUCUUCGCCUCCCGCCAGCCGUGGCUCAGGCUUUGCACCCGGCGGCUACUGAGAACUGUGGCGUCCGCGGAGCCAGCAGCGCAGGCGGAGAGAAGCGGAGCUGUCCGGCCCGGCGGUGGGCGAUGCCCCCGUGAGUCUCUGUCGCUGCCCGUCCCCGCCCCGCGUCCCUACCCCUUCGGAGUCCGAGCCCGCCAGGGGCCGGGCCGCGCCUACCGCCGGGUCCGCGGGGCGGGGUCCCAGGGCAGCACCUGCCUCGCCUUGCGGAGCCACUCCGCCAGCGGAGCCCCGCACCCGGCGUGGACCCCGGCCCCAUCUCGGGCUCUUUCCUUGCAGACCCUGUCAUCACAUUUCCUCCCCCUGGAAGCCUGCCCUGAUUGCCUCUGCCUCCUUUCCUGAAAGUUGCUAUCUCUGCAGAAGUGAAGCAUUGUGCAAAUGCCCUAGGGGCAUGCUGUGGAGAGGGCACAGCCCCCUGUGAUGCGGAACACCACACUCAGAUUCACCAGCUCGAAUUGCCUGAAGCUCUGCCACCCUGGGGACCAUGUUUAACGGGGAGCCUGGUCCAGCCUCAGCUGGGGCCUCCAGGAACGUGGUACGGAGUUCCAGCAUCAGCGGUGAGAUCUGUGGAUCCCAGCAAGCUGGGGGUGGGGCCGGGACCACCACGGCCAAGAAACGGCGAAGCAGCCUGGGUGCCAAGAUGGUGGCUAUCGUCGGCUUGACCCAGUGGAGCAAAAGCACCCUGCAGCUUCCCCAGCCUGAAGGGGCCACUAAGAAGCUGCGCAGCAACAUCCGACGGAGCACAGAGACUGGCAUUGCGGUGGAGAUGCGGAGCCGUGUCACACGCCAGGGCAGCCGGGAGUCUACCGAUGGAAGCACCAACAGCAACAGCUCCGAGGGCACCUUUAUUUUUCCCACUCGGCUUGGAGCUGAAAGCCAGUUCAGUGAUUUUCUGGAUGGCCUGGGACCAGCACAGAUUGUAGGGCGACAAACAUUGGCAACACCCCCCAUGGGAGACGUGCACAUUGGCAUCAUGGACCGGAGCGGCCAGCUGGAGGUGGAAGUGGUUGAAGCUCGGGGCUUGACCCCCAAACCGGGCUCCAAAUCCCUCCCAGCCACCUAUAUCAAGGCUUACCUGCUGGAGAACGGGGCAUGUGUAGCCAAGAAAAAAACAAAGGUGGCCAAGAAGACUUGUGAUCCCUUGUACCAGCAGGCUCUGCUCUUUGACGAGGGGCCCCAAGGCAAAGUUCUGCAGGUGAUCGUCUGGGGAGACUAUGGCCGAAUGGACCACAAAUGCUUCAUGGGUAUGGCCCAGAUCAUGUUGGAUGAGCUGGACCUGAACGCCGCUGUCACCGGCUGGUACAAACUCUUCCCUACAUCCUCUGUGGCUGACUCCACACUCGGAUCCCUGACCAGGCGCCUGUCCCAGUCCUCUUUGGAGAGUGCCACCAGCCCCUCCCCCUCGUGCUCCUAAGGACCUCCUCACUGAGGACAAAA